CUCUUAGUUGGAACAAAUUGUAGUCUUAAGCACAUGAGUUCAUUUGCCUUAAGUGUAAGUAGGUCACAGCGCACUGGUGUGAAUAGCAAACUUUCCUCGCACCAGUGUGAAUAGAUGUCUGACAUGGUGCAGUGUGAAUAGGUCUCUUCCUGAGCACCUUCCAGAAAGGCCUUAAAUCCCUACAACCUGGUCUCAUGACGAACUCAAACUGUCACGCACACGAAUAGAGCAUCAGACAGACACUGUGAAGAAGCUCUCAAGCUCCACCAAUUCUCUGCGACGCUGAGCAUGGAGGAGAUCAGCACAGAAACGGCAGCGUUUGCAUCGCAUCGCAAUGCGAGUACAUCAAGACGAUGACAAUACAAGUGUGAUUAGCAACCGUUAAUGAAACCUCGCACCGUCGAAGGCUCGAGUCUCGGCCUCUGCUCGUUGCGAAUUAUGUCGUUUGGAAUCUGGAGCUCUCAGCAUGGGGCAACUUGCGUUGAGAGCUUGGACAGUCGUGCGGAAUUCUGAGAUCCAACGCGAAAAAACGGAUUGAAACAUUGGCCGCAUCAGAUACUCGAUUAAGUCGGUUUCUAUUGGAGGAAGAUGAUGCUGUCGUUGUUGCUUGAUAGUUUCAUUGGAGUCUCCCCGGCAGCAGCCUUCGGUCUCAUCUUCUGUCUCUUGUAUUACACUGAUGCACUGAACUUCGGCACUUCAAUGGUUCUCACGAAAGGGUUGUUGGAAAGACCGGCGAGAAUUCAUGCAUUCGAUCUGAUUUGACGAUGAGGCCGCAAUCGGGAUGUGCGAGAAAGAAUUAUGAGCAUGUGGAUGUGUACCUGAAGGGAGAGUUUGACAAUAUUCUCGUGAUGAGAAUUCCUUGCGACGGGGAGUUCAGAGAACAGAAGCUAAUGCCUUGUCUGGCGAUGUGCCUAGGACCUGAAUUUGCGCUUUACUGUGGAUAACAUGGCAACAUCCAGGACAGGGUACCCCCGAAUGGAUCUAGGGGAAGAAUACAAGGGCAGGAAGAGGAAGAAACCCCAUAGUGCAUCCACGAGUGCUCCCCUCAGACACGCAGAGGGGCUCAAACCGCCAGUGCUGAGCACGGCAAGCGGCCUGCUCAACAUGCUCAAGGAGAAACAUCCCAUACUCAAGCUACAUGCGCUGAACAACCUCAACGUCUUCAUGGAGAAAUUCUGGCCCGAAAUCGCAGCCGAAAUAGCCCAAAUCGAACUGGUCUACGAAAACGAGCAUUUCGAGCACCGGCACUUAGCAGCUCUAGUGGCAUCCAAGGUGUUCUACCACCUGGGAGACCUCACAGAGUCCUUGGUUUAUGCUCUGGGUGCAGCUUCCCUAUUCAAUGUCGCAGAGAGGAGCGAAUAUGUGCAAACAUUGGUGGCGAAGUGUGUGGACGAGUACAUUAGCAUCAAUGCGAGGCUGGAGAAGGGGGAAGGUUGCUUCUACUUGGAUCCAAGGCUCGUUGAAGUUGUAGACAGGGUCUUGGACCAGUGUCUCAUGGACGGGAAAUCCGAGCAAGCUUUAGGGAUUGCGCUUGAAUGCCGACGGUUGGAUAAAUUGGAAGAGGCGAUCACUACAGGCCAGCAUCCAGAAACAAACUUGAGCUAUUGCCUCAAACUCUCCCAAACGUUCGUGAAUUCUCGGCAUUUUAGACAGGACGUGCUGCGGUUGUUGGUGGAGAAUUACCAGCGACUGCAAGAGCCCGAUUAUUUGAGUCUCAGCCAGUGUUUGAUGCUGUUGGAUGAACCCCAGGAAGUGGCAAAAAUGUUGCAGGCGCUCAUUCGAGGUGACGGAAGGAACGCAUCGGUGGCAUAUCAAGUAGCCUUCGACCUGUUUGAGACUGAGAAUCAGAGAUUCUUGACCAGGGUGGAUGAGUUUCUCCAGGACUUUGAGGCUUCCGAAUCCCCACAGAAUCAUGACAUGGAAUUGAAUUCCAAUUUCACUAGAUCCUCUCUAACAACACAACCUGCUCUAAACGAUAAACAAAGGCCAGUUGAUUCGGACAGCGACCACAAAGCUGUUGAUUCCUCUGAACCAGAGUUUGAUUAUAAUGCUGGUGCUUUGGCAUCAUCCUCACAAAAUCCACCGGCUAUGGAGUUGGAUCGGCAGUGCCAGGAUAUCGGAAGUCCCAGGAAAGGAAUGCAAAGAUUGUCCUUUCAUGAGAGACUGAAGAAGCUGAAAGGGAUUUUGAGUGGCGACAUCCCCAUCAACCUCCAUCUCCGUUUCCUGAACAGCAACAAUAGAUCUGACCUCCUGCUUUUAAAGACUAUCAAGCAAUCACUUGAGACUCGCAGCAGCAGCAUCUGCCACACCGCCACGAUCUACACCAAUGCUCUCCUGCAUGCCGGCACAAAAGUGGACACAUUCUUGAGGGAAAAUUUGGGCUGGCUGCGGUACUCCACAAAUUGGGCGAAGUUCAGUGCCACAGCAGGGUUGGGGGUGAUAUACAGGGGCUAUUUGGACCAAGGAAUGUCCCUGCUCGCUCCCUAUUUGCCCCAACAUCGCGGUAGUCCAUUCUCAGAAGGCGGCGCGUUGUAUGCCCUAGGAUUGAUUUACGCCAAUCAUGGCAAGCGGGUGAGGCACUUCCUCUUGGAAUGUCUCCGAAACGCCAACCACGAGGUGAUCCAGCACGGGGUGUGCUUGGGUAUCGGUCUCGCAGGGCUGGCUACUGCAGAUGAUGAGAUUUAUGAAGAAGUCAAGGGGAUAUUGUACAGAGAAAGUGCGGUAGCUGGGGAAGCCGCGGGGAUUGCUAUGGGGUUGCUCUAUGUUGGCUCCGGGACUGACAAGGCAGGGGAAAUGCUGGCCUACGUGCAGGACACGCAGCAUGAGAAGAUCAUGAGAGGCUUGGCGCUAGGGAUCGCGCUCACCGUCUACGGACGUGAAAAUGAAGCGGAUUCCCUGAUUGAGAGGAUGACGAGGGAUCAGAACCCGGUAAUGCGCCAUGGCGGGAUGUGCGCCUGGGCUAUGGCUUACAAAGGGACAGCUAACACUACCGCCAUUCGGCGAUUACUGCAUCACGCGGUCCAUGAUGUGAGCGACGAUGUGAAGCGAGCCGCGGUGAUCGCGUUGGGGUUUGUCCUAUGCACACAGCCCGAGCAGACGCCAAGAAUUGUUUCUCUUCUCGCGGAGUCUCACAAUGCAUAUGUCCGCUACGGGGCGUCCCUCGCGAUAGGAAUUUCCUGCGCUGGAACGGCGUCCAAAACAGCGAUUGCAUUGCUCGAGCCGCUCAUCACUGACUCAAUCGACUUCGUGCGCCAGGGCGCGCUAAUUGCGAUGGCCAUGGUGCUGAUACAACACACCGAGGCUUACGAAGCGCGCGUGGGGCCGUUCCGAAAGCAGCUUGAGAAUAUCAUGAAGAACAGGUACGAGGAACCGAUGACAAAGAUGGGGGCGAUUCUCGCGCAGGGGAUCCUGGACGCAGGGGGCCGCAAUGUGAACAUUCUGUUGAAGUCGAGGAAUGGCCACUGCCGGAUGACUGCGACGGUGGGGAUGGCCAUCUUCUGCCAAUUCUGGUACUGGUACCCUUUCAUCUAUUUCAUCAGCCUGUCCUUCAGCCCCACAGCCUUCAUCGGCCUCACGGAGGAGCUUCGCGUCCCAAAGUUCAACUUCAUAUCUCAAACGAAGCCGUCCAUGUUCGCAUACCCGCCACCCACACCUACCCCAUUGCGAGAUUCUUCACCCUCCAACCCCAAUCCCACCCCUGCCAUGCUCUCCAUCGCCGCUAAACGACCCCACGUCGAUGCGAAAGACCGCAACAUGAACAACACGAAAACCCCAGCUCCAAUCACGCAAGAAGCAACCAGAAUCACAGCGCCAGCAUGCUACUCGCCAAAGUCCUGCACCGGCAUCAACGAGUCAAGCCAUGACCACGUCGCAGCGAAAGCUAACCUCCCAUCGACGCAUUCUCUCUCCAAGAAGUUGAAGACCACCUUCGCACCUGGAGAAUCGUCACGAAACUCAGAGCUCCCGAGCUUCCUCACAAGAUAUGACCAGACCACCGACGACAUGGCGAAGCAGCAGCAGCAGCAGGAUCCACCAGCAAGAAUCGAGGAGAGUGUGGACCCACCGACACCGCCUCACGAGGAGCCUGCAUCGGAAGUGCUCAACAACCCAACUCGUGCAAUCUCUGCCCAAGUGAAAUUCUUCCACUUCCCACACAGCAAUCGCUUUGUGCCGCUUCUUCCACAGCGGCAGCCCUCGGGGUUCGUCAUGCUGCUCGAUACACAGCCCUCCUCCGAACCCGAAGCUCAGUACAUGUGGGAUGAUGUCGAGGAGGAUUGAUUGAUUACUCCUCACCGACACCGAUACCGAUACCGACACCUCCCUCGUCGUCUCGCAAAUUUCUAUUUCCUGUUUAUUAUGUUUGGUUUUACUUGAUGGUGUUGCUUUAAUGCCAACGUUCGGAAGAAGUGUGUUGUAUUGGAAAUUAUCAGUUGUCAAACAGAUGAGAAUGCUUCUUUGAUUUUUUUUGGAAACUAUAUUAGAAAUCAUUUUCUAUAUGUAACAAAUAUUUAUUUUUGCAAUACAAUGGUUUCAGUAGUAGCAUUGAACUAUUUUUGAAACUCAAUCAAUAUAACAAUUAUGCGUCUAAACAUUAUUAGUAGGUGUUUAUUUAUAUAUGAUAUUUAUAUUAAAUAAAAUAAUUUAAUAAAUGUA